AUUUGGGUGUGUAAACACGUCUGUGUGUGUGGUGACACACCUCGACACACCUCCAGCAGCAGCACACACGCCAGCACCACCUCCUCUCCACUGCUAUACUGCUCACUGGACAUCCUUACACAUCUCAACAGACUUCACUGAUUAAUGUUAUGGUUAUUGUUGUUACUGAAGAUAUAUUAAACUGAAGGAAAGGCAGACUGAAGCCUCUCGGUGACACCCAAAGAGAUGACUUUCAAGUUACUGCCCAGAAUGGCAGAAAGCACCAAGUAUACCAACCAAGAGUGACAGAAAGUACCAAGUAUAUCGGCGUAAAUUAGCUGAAAAUACCGUAUAAUGGCGUCGAUUGACUAAAAGUACCGAGUAUACCAACGUAGAUUGACAAAGUACCACAUUUCACUGCUUGAAUUGACUCAAAAUUUCACUGCCCCGAUUCCGUGAUAGUGCCAGGUUUCACUGCCAAAAGUUGGUGGACAGUUCGAAAAGGUGGUAGACGCAGUACUCCAGUGUCAACGGUGAUGUACCCUUCUGUCUUUCUUGAGUGUCCAGUGGUGACUCACACGGUGGUGAGAAAUUUCCCCACGGAGCUCAGUCAUUCAGAGCUCCUAAUGUACCAGUGAGCGCUGGAACUAUGACGUGGAGAUCACGGUUGAGCAUCUGUGUUGCUGAGCUCAGAGUUGGGUUAGUAGUGAUGCCCAGAACACGGUGUCUGCUGGGGUAGUGACAGAUUUGGUAUAUCGGUGAUGCCCAGGAGACAGUGUCUGCUGGGGUAGUGACAGACUUGGUAUAGCAGUGAUGCCCAGAACACGGUGUCUGCUGGGGUAGUGACAGACUUGGUAUAUCGGUGAUGCCCAGGAGACAGUGUCUGCUGGGGUAGUGACAGACUUGGUAUAGCAGUGAUGCCCAGGACACAGUGUCUGCUGGGGUAGUGAGCAGCUCAGACCCGAUAUGAGCACCAACAAAUCCUUCCUCAUCAGAGAUUUACUGGGGGACGUGUUGAGGGGUACUCCUUGCCCCCACCUCACUCAGGACCCCCGACUCGCCCCAACCUCACCCUGUCCACGCCUCGCCGCUGCUGGUAUCCAUGAGGGGAGCAGCAGGUCGCCAAGGGGGGCGGCGUCCCCGCCUCCCUCACCCGAGCACCCACAGGAAAAGAGACUCACCCCUACACCAGAUGGGGAGAUGCCGGAGCCUCGCGCCCACUUACCUUCACCCACGCCCAUGUCUGCACUCUCUACGCUCAUGACUACAACCACAACGCCCACGCCAGCACUCAAUACACCCUCAUCCACACUCAUCACGCCCACACCCACACUUCUCACGCCCACCGCCUCGCUUGUAGCGACCUCGACUCAGGCCAUGGUGAGGGCGCCCACGCCCACCAUCCUGACCACGCCCAGCGUCGCCAAGCCCACGCCCACCAGCCCGCUCACAUUACACGCCUCGCGGUCACCCUCACCGAGCGGAGACGACCCAGGUGACGACCUGGUGGGAGACGAUGACGAUGACGGAGGACCCACUGGCGGUGACGGAGGCUCAGGAGGGAAGAGGGAGGAGGACAAGAAGAAGCCUCGGCGUCGUAGAACAGCCUUCACACACGCCCAGCUGGCCUACCUGGAGAGGAAGUUCAGACUGCAGAAGUACCUGAGUGUGGCUGACAGGUCUGACGUGGCCGAGGCUCUCAAUCUAUCAGAGACACAGGUCAAGACCUGGUACCAGAACCGCAGGACCAAGUGGAAAAGACAGAACCAGAUGCGCUUGGAGCAGCUGCGUCAGUCUGCAGGUGUCGGCGUGGAGAAGGACCUGCUGGGGGCAGGUGGUGGUGGGAGCGUAACUCCCCUGUCGACCCUGGGGGUCGUGGCCCCCACCUGCUGCCCUCCCUACUUCCUGCCCCCCGUCGACCGUUCCUGCUUCAUCACUACUGCUGGUCUCUUCACCCGCCUCCCAUACACCCCUUCCUGUCCCUUGUGA